AACAUCCUAAACGUCACUUCCGCUUACAUUUUGACAGCAAAACACUGCAAAAUACGACCAAUACAAAACAUAUUCAGUGUUAUAUGGUGUUUUUACCAGCUGCUGCUUACACAUUCAAAGUUUUGUAGCAUCGUGGAUGUGUGGAACGUAUUUUUGAAUAUAGGAAUAGAGAACGCAGCAAUUUUAGGGCUAGACGAUGAAGGUUCCCAACACAGACAGCGAGGUGGUUGAAGAAGCUGGCUCCUCCCAGGUGGACUACAACCAGGAGGAGGAGAUUCCACCAUACCUCCGUGAGGAGCCCCCAGAGGACCUGGAGAAAGAUCACCCUAAGACUGAAGCUGGCAUUGUGUGGAGAGUGGGAGGUGGCCUCUUCAACAUUACCAGGGGUGCGGUGGGCGCCACGCUAGGGGGUGUGGCCUGGGUGGGCUGUAAAAGCUUUGAACUCACGAAGACGGCGGUGACCAGUGUACCCGCUGCCGGGGUGGGCCUGGUCAAGGGCAGCGUCUCCGUGGUGACAGGCGGCGUCGGAGCGGUGGGAUCAGCGGUGGCCAAUAAAGUCACACCAAAGAAGAAAGACAAGUCUGAUUAGACCACGGCCCCACCAAGACACACUGCCCAUUUCCUGUUUACUAUGUGUUUGGAUUGGUUUGUGUGUGGGAGACCUGAUUCAUAAGGACGAGUGGAGAAGGGUUUUAGAGGAUGGGAUGGGUGGGGAGGGGGGUUAUUAGGAUGUGGGAGGUGAUAUGAAUGUUUUAGCUCACUGCCGAGGUUGUCCUAACGUUGGAGUCUCACUACUGAUUGAUGAGAAGCAGGGUGGGGGGAGUGAGUGGGAAAGAUGUACAGGGAGAGGGAGUUGGGGAGGGAGAGGGGGUCGGUCAUAUUUCUGGAUAAGGACAAUGUUCUGUUUGCUGUCUUGCACAAGACAGAUGAACAAUUUGCACCAGAUUCAGAAAGUAGGAGUGAGUAUGUUGUAAUGUUACAUUUGAAAUAGAUUAACAAGAAUUUGGCCUUAAAAUCAGCACCAACUCCAUUCUCAAACAAAACAAUUAUGUUUAUCCAAGUUUUGUUUCCAGUUCCAAUACACAUAAAAUCAGUGUGCUUGAAAGGAUAGUUUUUAGGGAUAGUUAUCAAGGAUAGUUAUCAAGCCUAUAUGACAACAAAACGACUUUACUUUUGAUUGUUAGACAUCAGUGAAAUGAACAGUUUUUAUAUGUUAAUCGUGCUGAUACAGUAUAAUUAAGUAUGUACCUUGUUUUGAGGCUUGCCUGCCUCAGUGAGUCCUACAGUGAGUAUAAGUGGAGCUCUUUUUCUACUAAUUUGUAUUAUAGUGGAGGUGGGGAUGGAUCGUUUUCUUGCUUCAUAAAUCCAUGGACAGCUUCAUCCAGGGGGCAUGGUGAAUAACUCCUGCUCUCGGCACUUCUUUCUUUCCACGCCGUGUUCAAUUAUCUAAGUUUGAGCUUGAGCUGUCCAAACAAACUUUUUUCCACCUCUAAGCAGUCACACCAACAUAAACAUCAGUAAAAAAAGUUUGUUCAUGUUUAUUUUCUUGCCGUCUGUACUCCAGUGUAUGUGCUUCUGGGGAUUAAUUACGUACUGAUACAGUAGUUAAGCCCGACAUGGCCGGAGGUGAAGGGAUACCUAUCAUCGACACACCCCGUACGUGUUUUCCACAACUCUUGUCCCAUUCCAUUUCAUUUUUUGUUUACUACACAUUGACAACUGAAUUAUUGUCCAUGGAAGUGAGUGUUAUCUUACUGUAGACAUACUCAUUUGGAUUUAAUUGGUUCGGUUGCAUUUAACACUACACAAUUGUCACUGUUACCAUUUUCAGUUGGAACAUAUAACACACUCCCACUCUGCAUCGUUUUUCUUUUGUUCUUGUGUCGCAAGCUUCAAGGUGUAGUUCUAAAGCAUACAGUAUCUACAAUGCUAGCAUUAGCAGCCUGUAUUUCUGUUUCAUUUUCAAUGCUUUCUGACCUCCCUCUGUGUGUUUUUAUCGCUUUCCUCUGCACAUUUUUUUCAGCUACUGUAGUAAAUAUGUCUUGGAGACUGUUACUUCAAACUGGACUUUAAGACUCAGUAGAUUUUGUCUAUCAUAGAACUAUUUUUGCAAAACUGAUGCUGUAUUCUAUAUAAAGCUACUUGUAUUUUA